UUUAGCAGUCGGAAACCCGCAGAGGACAGACAGGAGGGUCGUGUUCGAGACAUCGAAUCCUUCCUCUCCCCCUUCACCGGCGAGGCGAGGCGACGCGACCAAUCGCCGUCCCCUGCCUUGCCUGCUUCCUGCCGGCCCCUCAUCCACCCCUCACCCUCUCGUCGGGGGAGCGGCGCGAGUCCACCGCCAACAGCCGACACCUUCCGUCAAUUUCCUCCCCCUGCUUCCCGACCUCACACCAUCGCCGAACCCUCCAGUCCUUCUGCCUAAGCGAAGCACGCCAGCGCUGCGGCGGAAUUCUACCUUUUCUAGUUACCCUCGUCGCUCCCGCCCUCCCUCUGGAGUGGAGAUCCAUCCGAACUUGGGAUUGAUUUCGUCUUCUGCUGGCUGGAGAAUUUGCUGCUGGCAGAGGCCAGAUACUGUUGUGAAACAGAGUUCUGUUGAAGAAACUAUCACUAUAGCGACUUGAUUGCAGAAAAUGUCAGAGUUUCUGGACCUUGAGGCCCAGGAUGGGAUAAGAAUGACAUGGAAUGUUAUACCAGGCACAAAGCAGGAUGCUACUAACUGUGUGGUCCCUGUUUCCGCCAUUUUUACUCCUCUAAAGCCAAAUCCUGCCAUUCCUGUUCUUCCUUAUGCCCCCCUCCGUUGCCGCAUGUGCCGCUCUAUCCUAAACCCCUUCUCCAUAGUUGACUUUGUCUCAAAGAUUUGGGUCUGUCCAUUCUGCUUUCAGCGCAACCACUUCCCUCAACAUUACUCCUCUAUUUCAGAAAACAACCUCCCUGCCGAACUGUUUCCACAGUAUACCACCGUUGAGUAUGCAUCCACUGCUGAAACGGGUCCUGUGGCGCCUCCUGUCUUCCUCUUUGUUGUUGAUACAUGUAUGAUUGAGGAGGAGAUUGGCUAUUUGAAGUCUGCUUUAGCACAAGCUAUUGAACUAUUGCCAGAUCAAUCCCUUGUUGGAUUUAUUACUUUUGGGACAUAUGUGCAGGUGCAUGAGUUGGGUUUUGGCUUGUUGCCAAAGUCAUAUGUCUUCAAAGGGACCAAAGAAGUGACAAAGGAGCAAAUUCUGGACCAAAUGAGCUUCUUUGCGGGGAAAACUAAACCCACAACAGGGGUGAUCGCUGGCGCAAGGGAUGGCCUUUCGACAAGGAGCAUUGCUAGGUUCCUGCUGCCUGCUUCUGAGUGCGAGUUUGUGUUGAAUUCAGUUAUAGAAGAACUGCAAAAGGACCCUUGGCCUGUUCCAGCUGAUAAACGUUCAUCAAGAUGUACUGGAGUUGCAUUAAGUGUUGCUGCUUGUCUCUUGGGGGUUUGCGUUCCUGGAUCAGGUGCUAGAAUUAUGGCCUUUGUAGGUGGCCCAUCUACGGAGGGACCUGGUUCUAUAGUGUCGAAGUCCCUAUCAGAACCAAUUCGCUCACACAAAGACCUUGAUAAAGGUUCAGCUCCACUUUAUAACAAAGCUGUUAAGUUCUAUGAGGAUAUCUCUAAGCAGCUUGUCAAUCAAGGGCAUGUACUUGAUUUAUUUGCUUGUGCGCUUGACCAGGUAGGUGUUGCUGAGAUGAAGGUUGCAGUGGAGAGAACUGGUGGAAUAGUUGUGCUUGCAGAAAGUUUUGGUCAUUCUGUUUUUAAAGACUCACUUCGACGAAUCUUUCAGUCAAGUGACAAUGAUCUUGAUUUAUCAUUCAAUGGUAUAUUUGAGAUUAACUGCUCAAAGGACGUCAAAAUCCAAGGAAUUAUUGGACCUUGUACUUCCCUGGAGAAGAAAGGUCCUCUAUCCUCAGAUACAGUCAUAGGUCAGGGAAACACUAGUGCUUGGAAGAUGUGUGGUCUAGACAGGAAAACAUCACUGUGUUUAAUAUUUGAUAUUGCAAAGAAGGAUGGGCCAGAAUCGAUUGGUCAAUCAGUUAGCAAUCAGCUCUACUUCCAAUUCUUAACCUAUUACCAGCAUCAUGAGGGUCAGAUGAGAUUACGAGCCACUACACUUUCUAGAAAAUGGGUUGCUGGUUCUGGUGGUGUGCAGGAGCUAAUAGCUGGAUUUGAUCAAGAGGCGUCUGCUGCAGUCAUGGCACGCUUGGUCUCAUUUAAGAUGGAAGCUGAGGCUGAUUUUGACCCGAUAAGAUGGCUUGACCGAGCAUUGAUUAGUUUAUGUUCGAAAUUUGGAGACUAUCACAAAGAAACACCCUCAUCUUUCAGUUUAUCCCCUCGCCUGUCAAUCUUCCCCCAGUUUAUGUUCAAUUUGAGACGAUCUCAGUUUGUUCAGGUUUUUAACAAUAGUCCAGAUGAAACUGCAUAUUUCGCAAUGAUGUUAAACAGAGAGAGUGUAGCGAAUGCAGUUGUGAUGAUACAGCCAUCACUUAUAUCUUAUUCAUUCCAAUCAGGUCCAGAGCCUGUUCUGUUGGAUGUAACUGCAAUUGCAGCUGAUAGGAUCCUUUUGUUGGACUCUUAUUUUACUGUUGUCAUAUUCCAUGGAAUAACAAUUGCACAGUGGCGAAAGGCUGGUUACCAAGAUCAAGAAGGCCAUGAGGCAUUUGCCCAGUUUUUGCAAGCUCCACAAGAGGAAGCUGAUGCAAUAAUCAAGGAACGCUUUCCUGUGCCUCGUUUGGUUGUGUGUGAUCAAUAUGGUUCUCAGGCUCGAUUUUUACUUGCAAAGCUUAAUCCAUCUGUCUCGUAUAACUCCGACAAUCCUCCACCGCCAGGAGGGGAUGUCAUAUUCACGGAUGACGUGAGCUUCCAGGUCUUCAUGGAUCAUCUCCAACGCUUGGCGGUUCAGUAAAUUAUGGUGAUUUCACAAUGCACAGCGAUUUUGUAAAUUUUGUACAGCAUGGGACUUCUUUUAUCGUGUAUUAAGCUCGCCUGCUGUUUGCCACAUUUUAGCCUUGAGAAAUUGACAUGCCGUCGUAGUCUCCGUACAUUAUACAUUGUCUUGAUCAUAGACAGAUUUCUGAUUCAAGAGCAACCAUUAUAUAUUCUGUAAAGAGUAAAGUCCAUUUUUGGCCA